UUUAUGUGCUAACAUCAUUCAUCUGUAUUGUGACAGUAAAAGAUCAGAGCUAAAUAUAAUUAGAACGGAAAACUAAUAUUUCAAGUGUUAUCUUCAUUUGAUGAAUUUUGUUUGAUUUAGAUAUUCUAAAUUUCUUCAAGCUAGUGAAGUUUGUGAUAGAACCUAACAAAUAUAUGCUAACAACCCGAUGACGACUCUGGCAAAUGACCAGAUUUUAUUUAGUUAAUGUGGAUUGACCAAGAAGGAAUUAAUAGACUAGAUGGUGAUUUUCAUUCUAAAAUCUAUUUUCCAUUUGAAUAAUUAAUCGUGAUAAAAUUGAACGCUAUAACCUUGCAGUAAAGUAUAAAAAUAUUCGCCUUUGUUUGGCAAGAGGAAUAACCCAAGGAUCUAAAAUUUACCCAAGAGAGAAAGUCUGGAGGAGGCUUUGGGUAUGAAUCCACCUUCUCAUGAAGCAGCAUCAGAAAAUAUAAAUAUGGAUGGAAGUAUAGAAUUUAAUAUAACGACAGAAUGGAAGGUCAAAUUUGAGAGAGGCGAUUUGGGACCUGCUGACUUCGAAGACCAUUGGCGAAUAUGGGUCCCCCAUAUUUAUUCACAUGAAUUGGACGAAGACUGUCUCAGCCGGACCUUCAAUGAAGAAUUAGCCAACAAGCUAUUGUACAAUCCCUUAAUGCAGUUCAUAUGUAACGGAGAUCCCGAAGUUGUGCUGGCUGAUAUUACCUCCAAAGAGAAUUUAUCGAAUGUUUGCACGAAGGUGUUCAAAAUGGGGGAGCCCACAUAUAGCUGUCGAGAAUGUGGCACUGACAAUACGUGUGUAUUAUGUGUCGACUGUUUUAAGUAUUCAGUACAUAAAGAUCACAAAUAUAGGAUGGGAACGUCGUCUGGAGGUGGUUGUUGCGAUUGUGGGGACGAGGAGGCCUGGAAAACGAACCCCUUCUGUGAUUUUCACAAAAAGAAUCAGGGCCAAGUGAACCAGGUUAUUGUUCCCGAUUCUUUCAAGGAGAGGAUUCGUCUGGUUUUCGAGGCGAUUCUCGAGUAUUCUCACAGGCUGCUGACUACAGAGCAGGUGUCCGACAUCCGAUUCAAUUCUGCGGCCGAAGAUAUUUUGUUCGAUAUUGAUAUGUACUGUACCAUACUUUACAAUGACGAAGUACACACUUUUGAGCAGGUUAUCAGUACCUUAUCUAGGGUGCUGAAGUGCAACCAAAGGAGCUCCAUAGCCUAUGUCACAAGUAUAGAUCGGGAAGGUAGAGCCAUCGUGAAAUGUUCCGACUUCCAGAGUUGCAACGAAUUACGAACCGAAAUCGAGAAAUAUACUUCGAGACACGGCAACAAACCUUUGAAAGUGAUAGUUAGCCAUGCACAUAUCAUAGCUCACCAAGUAUUCGCCAUGAAGUUGCUGGCUUGGCUGCAAGGUUUGAUGAGUCAUUCUGCAGUGUUCCGGAAUAUUUUCGCCGAGACCGCCCUCAAGGAAAUGGACGUGAAACCUAGCAUAAUCAAGAGCAUACUACUCCGAGACUCGUCUCUUUGGAAAAGUGCAAGAACCCACUGGCAUCGCCUGUUCAUCUGCGGCAUGCUGCCGGAAUACGAGAACAAGAAAGCCCUAGCGAAAAUCUUCACGAAAAAUUACGGCCACGUGAUCAAGGAUUUCAUCAGGGACGAUCACGACCACUCUUAUUCCAUCGCCUCGUUGUCCGUUCAAUUGUUCACGACCCCUUCGAUAGCACUCAACCUGAUCGAAGAAGAGGACAUAUUUUUCCUGCUCUUGAACACUUUCGUAUCGGAGUGUGUACCGAAAUGUAACAAGAGCGGUAAACUCGAAUUCGAAAGGAACCCGGUGUCCGUAAGCUUCAAACGUGCCCAGCAUAUGCUGUACGAUUUGAAAUACCUGCUCAGUUCGGUGCCGGAAACUUGGACAGACAAUUUAAGAAGAAAUUUCCUGCACGGCUUGAAUUGCUUGUAUAACCUACUCUCCAUGAUGCAGGGAAUGGACGCCGUUACCAGACAGAUCGGACAGCACAUGGAAUACGAACCGGAAUGGGAAUCCGCCUUCAACCUCCAUAUUAAACUGUCGUAUUGCAUAACGCUGAUCUUGACCUGGUGCGGAUCCGACAAGAUAGUGCUGGUGAAAGCGUACAGGGCCAUUCUUAGAUGCCUGCAUGAAAAUCCUUGUUGGGAUCCGAACGAACCCUUGGAAGUGAGAGAACUGGCCGAUCAUAGUACCUCUUGCAUACAUUACGACAUCUCGACGAAGAAGGUGUCGAUUCACCAACCUUUGACGAGAUUUCUCGCCGGGCUUCACUUGUACCUCGAGAAGUACGAUUUAACGUUCGACGGUUCUCAGUUCCAAGGAGUGAAUAAACCGACUCCGGUCGAAUUGAUAGAACCGAUUAUUAGGACGCAAGUGUUGGUUGCUCAAGUGCACGCUGGAAUGUGGAGAAGGAACGGUUACGGCUUACUGAACCAGCUAUUUUUCUAUCAAAAUGUUAAAUUUCGCACUGAGAUGUAUGACAGAGAUAUAAAUGCCUUACAAAUUGGAGCAUCCCUAAUUGAAAGUAACGAAUUUUUGAUCCACAUCUUGAACAAGUACAAUCUGGUGAAUUGGGCCAGUCCGGAUUUCGAUAAGGACAACUUGAAAUCCCCGGCAGAAGACGGCAUGAUGGAAACUAUAAACUUAGUCGAGGAAUUCCUUCAUCUUCUCAUAGUUAUCGUCGGAGAAAGACACUUUCCCGAAUUGAGCUUCAUAACUCCCACGGAGAGAAUCAAGAAAGAAAUAAUACAGCAUCUGUGUAUCAAACCGUUGCUUCAUUCCGAACUGACAAAAAAUAUACCCGAUGAGAUUAAUGAUUCGACGGUUGUCGAUGAUAUUAUAAACGAGUUGGCUGAGUUCAAGAGGGGACAAGGCUCCGCCAAGGGAGUCUACGAAUUGAAAAGUCAAUAUUACGAUCAGUACAACGUUUUCUAUUAUCAUUAUAGCAAGGAGGAACUUUCCAAGUCCGAGGUCAAUCAGAGAAAAAGGAGAGCAGAUGCCGGACUUCUCGAAUGUUGCCCUCCCCCGCAGCUUCCAAAACUCAAAGACGCGUCCGCUAUGAUCGUUAACUUGUUACAAUGCGAUGUGAUGCUUCAUAUUUUCCAAACAGUCUUGUACAGGUGUUCAGAUUUGAGAACGAGAAGUUUUUCGGAAUCACAAUUACACAAAGUAUUGCAUCUGAUAGGUUACGCUUUGCAGGAGGAGCAAACCGCCUAUUAUCCAUUCUUCAAAUUCGUAGAAAAUUCCAUCAAAUUCAAAAUACUCUUCCACCUGGAAAACUUGAUGACUUGUCCUAGAGUUGAUGCUCACAAAGACCUGUUGAAGUGGACUAUUAACAAAUUCAAGGAAGUGGCCAAUCAGUUCGAUAAAAAUUCAGUCGUGCAAUGUAAAGAUUCCUCGAAUAUCGACGAUAAUGAGAAGGGAAGGCGAGCUAAAUUGGCGGCCGAGAGAAGGGCUAAGAUAAUGGCGCAGAUGGCUACGCUACAGAAGAAUUUCAUGCAACAGAACGCCCAGCUGUUCGACGAAACCCAUCACGAAUCAUCGAUCAUCAAUACGUCUCACUCUGGAUCGGCUAUGGAUAUCAGCGAAUCCUCAGCAGUACAUCAAGUAGCCUUAGGAAACCACCAAUCCGUUGGAACCUGUAGUGAAAAGAGCUACACUUGCAUACUUUGUCAGGAAGAAGAAGCGGUUAGGCCAGAUGGACCGGUAAUGGUGCUGGCAGCUUUCGUUCAAGAAUCCAAAGUACUUUGUCUCGACAGAGCCACGGAAAUGGAGAGGUUCAAAUUAGAGUAUCUUCCAUCGAAUUUAGGGCCGGCGCCACACACCAACACCUGCGGGCAUGCGAUGCACAGCAAAUGCUGGGAGCAAUAUUACGAGCACGUUACGAGCAGGGAACACCGAAGACCGUACAGGUUGAGACAUCCGGCUAGUUUUGACGUUGACAAACAGGAAUAUCUGUGCCCCCUUUGCGAAUGUCUGAGCAAUACUGCUCUACCUAUUAUACCGUCAGUUAACACUUUACAGCCGAAAAGAAUCCAGUCGAAAUUAUCAUUCAAAGAUUAUAUCGUAUUCUUAGGAACACUCCUAACGAAAAAAAUAGAAUACUGUCACGGAGACUUCAAUUGUGAUAAACAAUGUCCGAACGAACAUUGUGAUGUGUGUAUGAGGUUCUCCAGGACGACAGUUCAGUUGCCUUCGGAAGGUUGCGAGGCCAAAUGGGUGGGACAUCCGCAUCAAAUUUUUUAUACCAUAGAUCUUGAAACAGCUUUCGGUGAAAAUUAUGAGAGUAUUUCUACCUUGUUUUCUAGUGAAGGUGCUAAAUUAGAUGUGAAUUUACUCAAAGCAGUGGAAGCUUUUUCGCAGGUUCCAUUUUCAAGAGGUACUCAUAUUCAACCCGAUCCUUCUACAAGAAUACCUAUCGUAGAUGGUUUAAUUAAUCCGUUCAACUGGAAGUCUUUAGCUUAUACCAUCCAUUCGGUAGAAGUGGUAUUGCGAGUCACUUCUAAGCCCUUGUUGGGGCAACUGUCCAGUCGGCAAAGAGACGGGAUAGAAAAUUUCAUCAAAUUAUGUGCACUACUAAGUUGUUGCCCCAAGAGUACUGUUAAUAAAUGUUAUGCUUUGGAAUUCAUAGAAAUGUUGAUGGAUAGUAAAGACAUAAUACCGUCCUUGAUGGAGUGGGAUUCCUUCGGAAUGAUAGUUGGACUGACAUUUUCUCUGCCGAGUUUAGCGUUGAAGACGACAAGUACCACAGCCGAAUAUCUUUCUGUACACCUUCCGACCGGUGGAUCCCUAGAAUCUCAUACCUUACGUCUUGUGUACACCGCACAUCUGAUAAAACAAUUCUUGACACUGAAUCUAAAUGAGAUUACGGAAUCAAGUAUGGAAAUUGAAGGAGAAGAAGAUGCCGCAUUACAGAAUGUUAUGAAGAUAAUGAAUAAACCGCUAAAUAAUAACCUUCUUGCUAUUUGGAAGAAUGUUCAAGAAGCAUCAUUACCUUUUCUAAGGUGUUGCGUGUUAUUCUACCAUUAUUUAACAGAAGUACCUGCCGCACCAACAUUAGAAGAGAUCGGUGGGGACACUUUCAGUAAUAUGUGUGCCUAUUUGAACCUACCGGAGGCACCCAGAGAUAUAUUUAUUCCAGAAAUUAUGACUGUAGUGGAGAAAUGGUGUAGGCAUCCAGAUAUCCAGAUGUUUUAUCUGGACCCUGCAAAAUUUCAGCACAAGUCAAUUUCUGCAACUCAGUUAAUCGAGCUUCCGGUGGAUUAUAGCGAAUUGAUUAACAGUGUGUCAUCUUUUACUUGUCCUAAAAGCGACCAUGAAGAUGCCCGCAAUCCUACUAUGUGUCUUGUCUGCGGCGAAAUUCUCUGUUCUCAAAGCUAUUGCUGUCAAACCGAUCUGAAUAAGAUUAUGGUCGGGGCGUGCAAUUACCAUGCGCAUAUCUGUAGUGCCGACGUUGGUAUUUUUUUGAGGGUGAGAGAUUGUGAAAUUCUCCUUCUUGCUUCGCCUCACAGGGGUUGUUUCAUGCCCGCCCCCUAUUUGGAUAGCUACGGUGAAACCGAUCAAGGAUUGAAGAGAGGGAACCCGUUAAAACUUUGUCCGGAGCGCUAUAAGAAGUUGCAGCUGUUGUGGUUGAAUCAUGGAAUACUCGAAGAAAUCGCAAGAACUUUAGAAGGAAAUAGCUCUCAUGUUGGAGCUACUCAGUGGCAUCAUUUAUAGAUGAAUUAACUACAUAUAAAAUUUUGUUUUUGAAGUGGAAUUUUUUCACAAUCGUUGUAGUGUAAGUCUAAGACGUAUGCUCUGGAUCUGGAGCACAUCUUUUUGUGAGAAGAAAAUUUAGUGUUCUAGCGUUCCCUUAUGUUGAGGGAAAACAGCUUUUAUGGUUUCAAAAUCUCUAUGUUAUGUUUAUCAUAUUUCCGAUUUAGACAUAUUCAUACUCGAUCUUUAUAGACAGAAUUAUCUUUAUUUGUAUGCUCACAGUUAACUUAUUUUAGUAAGAAAAUUUUUAGUCUUUGUUCAUUAAUGCAAGACUUUUUACUUUUGUGAUUUUCAAGCUAUUAAGAGAAUUUUUUUCUUCAAUUUAUUUUGAUGCUUAUAGAAAGAGUAUCGAAUCUGAAGAAUAUUUUGUCCAUCUCUAUGAAUAAUAUACAUAUAUACUCUUUAUUGUACUUAACAAACUAUGAAAUUAUAUUUGUUUAUUCAUAAAAAUUAUCAGUUGUACAAAAAUACGAAAUUCCAGUUGUAUAUUUUAUUAGUGAAUAUAGUUUAAACGCCUG